GAUGAAGCCAAGAUCAUGUCAUAGCCCCCCCCUAGAGGCAUGACUUCAUUGAUAGUGUCCGCCCACACACCCGCAGUGGAGUAACGGGUUACGUGCAAGUACAUAUGUGUAGUAACAUAAGAGUUAUAAUUCUUUGAAUGCGGGAGUCGCGUGCGGUGGGCGGGUUUCCUCUAGACGUAAAAUCUCGUGGAAGGAAAAAAAAAAGGAAUGAAAAAAACAGAAAAAAUGCCCGUGGUUCUGUGUCAAGGCGGGCUUUCACAACCUCAUGGCGAAACAAGAGGGGAAUGGAUGAUGAUCCCAAUUCCCAUUUCUUAGGGGUAAGUGGGUUCAUUUCGGUCAACAUUCCUCUAGGUGGGGCUUUUUAUUGUACAGCAACGCGACGAUAGAAUAUUUAUCCUACGAGCGAGAAGAGACCCCGCGACUGGACUGGACUGGAACCCUCAAGCGUGAU